UCCGUGCAGCAGCACGGUGCUGUUGAGCUUCACUUCCCUCGGAGCUGCUGUGAUGGUGUCAUCCUGACAGCUACACUUUCAGCUAAACUAAUACGCCAUAAUUACACAACAACAUCCAAAACAAAUGUCGGGAGGCGUCAGAAGGAGGUUCGGUGAAGGUUAAAUUAGUCUAUUAGUGUGGUAAAGGUCACUUAUCAGUAGCGGUAGCUGGCUAAAGUAGCUUAGCGCAGCCUUGUUUACAUUGCUAGUUCAGUUCAAGCUGCUCUCCUGCUGGGUUUAUAAGAGCACAGCUUCAUCAUAGCUGCUCAGAUUCACUCUCAUUUGGCUGAAAAGAGUUUUAUUUGUGCCUGUGCUUCAUUAAACGUCAGUAUGGGGAUGUGUUUGCCCUGUCUGAGUGGAGCUGAGGAUGAUGUAGUAGUCACACCAGACCCUGAGACGAGGAGAAGACAGCUAGCCGAGGCUGCAGAGAAGAGACAGAAAGAGAUCACCUACAGAGGCAUCAAAAACCCAGAAGCCUUGGAGAGGAAAAAGAAGAAACAAGAAGAGACCGAGAAACAGACUGUGAACUCUGAAGGCGGCGGGCUAAAGUGGCAGGUUGGCUAACUCAAGCUAAAGGGAAGCAACUGGUCAACCUUCUUCUGCAGUGUUUCCUGCUGACUUGAGAGAUUCUUAAAACUCUGUUCUUUCGGUUCUUAUUCUGAAGUGUACACUAGCAAGGGGAGUUUGCACCAAACUCCUAAUCCUCCAGGCCUUCUGACUGGCCAGAGUGCAUUCAGGACACACCCCUUUAAAUGCCAGGAUGGGCAAGCUAUUGGAUUUCUGGGAUGGUGCUUUUAGCAAUUAAUGUGUUUUUUUGUUUUUUUUUCACAACUUAUUCAGUUUAAGUUCAUCAUGCAUCAUUUCACACAUGCAGCUUUUGUACCAAUGUCAUUUCUAUUAACUGAAUGUCAUUUUAAUACACAUUUAUACAUCUGAAAAGCAUGUUUUAUAUCGGAUUUUGGAUAAUUUAAUACAUAUUUAGUCAUGUACAGUAUAUUUAUGCAUCAGUUACCAGUGUGUUUUGGUUGUAAGCUCCUAGUGUUUAGGACUUGAAGUAUAAUAAUAAUGAAGGAUAUCAUGUCAGUUAGCACUUUCACUGCCUGUUGAUUGUAUGACUUGCUGUUCUUAUGAACCUAAUUGAAUGUGCAUCACUUUAUCUUAUCAGAUGCAUCAGUUUCUCAUCCUUUCUGAAGGGCUUUGGUUGUCUUAAGUUAAGAAAAUCUUAACUUAUCACAUUUAAACUCAACAUCCAUGUGACUGUAGCAGUCUGAUCUACAGUGAUCAGUGUGGAUCACACUCGAGUCAACUCUACAUAUUGCCUUUGAUGCAUUUCUUUUAUGCUAUGCUCAUGAGUUGUUACCUCUGCCAACAGCAACUCACUCAAUGCUCGUGACAGGGAAACAGAUUUGAACCAGAUUAUCAAGUGAAAUAUCUUCCCAGGGUUCAUUCAGAAUGGGUUAUUAAUAUACAGACACUAUAACAAUAAUAGAAAACACCAGACAAAGUUGUGCAAUGUUCAUGUUUACCAGUAGAGGGCAGUGGCACACUUUCAGAUCAGGAACUGUUUUAGUAUCACAACUGCAAGAAGGCAUUGCUUAAAUAAAAAUUGUUUGAUUGAA